AGAAAGAAAAGAGAGAGGGAUCUCCAGCCAAGGCAGCCUUGCUGUCCAACUUUCUGCAGCUGGUUCCGUCCCAGCGCGUCCGGGCUAGACAGGACCAGUUGGCCCCCCGGCCAGCCAGCCAGCCAGCCAGCUAGCCAGCCAGCCAGCCAGCCAGCCACUCUCCCAGGGAGCAUGGGGGGCUCCUCGGCGGUGAGGACACUGCGGUGGCCGCUGUGGGGACGCUGCACCUUCCUCUUCCUCCUCUUCUGGACGGUGGGCUGGGUGGUGGCCACUACGCUCCUCCUCCUCCACGUCCACAGGAGCAUCUUCUCUGAACGCUGCACCGACCAGAGGAGCCGGCGGAUCCUGGCCCGGCUGUGUCAGGACUUCCAAGGGGGCACGGUGAUGGGAGACCUGUGUGAAGACCUGUGCGUGGCCCACCGGCUGGUGUACAGGCACUGCCUCUACUUUGAGCGCGGAAAGAAGGUCCUCCAGGCGGACUGGAGGGGCCGGCCUGUCGUCCUCAAGUCCAAGAAAGAAGACUUCUCCAGCUUCCAGCCCCUCGGCCUCCCGGAUGAGGACGGGGGCGACCGGGGCCCGCCCGAGGCCGAGCUCCUCCUGGUAGUGGCCUUGGAGGUCAAGAGCGCCUUGGGACUGGAGCUCUCCAACCGCUCGCUGGGGACCCUGUGGGCGGCUGUGGGUGGGGGGCCGCGCUGGAAAGCCCAGGUGGCGAGCGCGUGGGCCCUGCUCCAGCAAGAGGAGUACCUCUACUUCAGCCUGCUGCAGGACGUCAGCCGGCACGUGUUGCCGGUGAUGGGCUCCUGUGGCCACUUCUAUGCGGUGGAGUACCUGGUGGCCGGCCACCCCCAGCACAGGACUCUCUUCCCCCUGGAGGAGGUGGCCGCCUCCGGCCCCGCUCCUCUGGGGGACCGGGCCCAGGCGGAAGCCAUCAGUCGCAUCGCACUCAGCUUCCUGGACAUGGUCAGCCACUUCGACGACGACUUCUCCCACCGCCUCCACCUCUGUGACGUCAAGCCGGAAAACUUUGCCGUUAGGAGUGACUUCACCGUGGUGGCGAUCGAUGUGGACAUGGCCUUCUUUGAGCCCAAGAUGAGGGAGAUCCUGGAGCAGAACUGCACCGGAGAUGACGACUGCGCUUUCUUCGACUGCUUUUCGAAGUGUGACUUGAGAACCAACAGGUGCGGGUCCCACAGGGUCAACAACAACCUGCAAGUCAUCUGCGACAAGAUAUUUCGUCACUGGUUCUUGCCCCCUGCCCGAAGCCCCGCCAUCCCCACGUCCCUUCGGCUGCGGUUACAGCGGGCCGUGCGGCGCUGCGCGGAUCCCGGGAGCAUCCCGCCAAAUCCCUUCUCCGAACUGUACCGUCUACUUCGAGCCACUCAGAGGGAGCUGAGAGAUGCCCGCGGCUAAUCUUUCCCGGUUCCGCUGUUGAGCCUCGGCCAGGAACGUCCCAGGAGGAUUUUUCCCGAGUCGGCCGCGGCCUUUGCCCUCAGAGCCUUCCCAAAGGGCAGCAGAGGCACCUCUAGGACUCCGAAGGAUAAAAUUCCCGGCCGCACUUGGGGCCUCCUGCUGAUUUUGUGGAUCUGUGCCAACACUACUGGUAAUCCACGCUUAAGCAGCGUGGCUCAGUGGAAAGAGGUCAUGGGUUCAAAUCCCGGCUCCGCCACUUGUCAGCCGGGUGAC